UUUAAUAUUUUUAUAGUUUUUUCGCGUGCAAGGUGUUUUGUUUUCGCGGCAACGUUGAGUUAUCUGUUUCUCCCCUAACCACCUGUUGAUUUACUAAAACCAAGUGCCUGACGAUCACUUUUAAAUGCUUUAUUCGGAGUUGGUGCAAGCUAAAGAUGACUCGGAGGAGGAAAUUAACGACGGGAUGCCAUCUGGCCGCUCUGAUGGAGAUAAAGAGAGUGAAACGAGUCCACUCUGUCCAGAUCGACAGCAAGAUGUGGAAGGAGCCUCCUCUGCGACAUCGGCCACAGAUCAGGAACUAACCACCAACUGCCAAACAAUGAUGCACUUGCUCAAGGGGAACAUUGGUACAGGUGUACUGGCCAUGCCUAGUGCCUUGGCAAAUGCUGGAGUCCUUGUCGGCUCUCUCGGCAUUAUUUUUGUGGGAAUAAUUUGUAUACACUGCAUGCACAUACUGGUGAAAUGCAACCACAUACUGUCCAAAAAAGCUGGGUGUAGAACACUAGACUUUGCCGGCGUAGCACAGUACUCCUUCAGGUUUGGACCACGCUGUGCACGACGGUUUUCCAAUGCUGCAAGAACAACUGUAAACUGCUUUCUCCUGCUGACACAAUUUGGAUUUUGCUGCGUGUACUUUGUUUUUGUUGCAACUAGUCUAAAAGAGGUGCUUCACGGGCAAAACAUUGAGAUGAGUGUGUAUGUUUACCUGGCCAUACUGCUGCCUGUCAUGGUGCUGUACAACUUCAUCCGAAGCCUGCGAAUGCUGUCUGUGGCGUCCACAUUCGCCAACAUACUGCAGAUCACAGGCAUGGUGCUCAUCUUCUACAAUCUGCUGCAGGACAUGCCAAGCAUCAGCGAGCGGCCUUUGUCCAUGGGCAUAAGCCGCCUUCCGCUGUACUUUGGCACUGUCAUUUACGCCUUCGAAGGCAUUGGCAUUGUGCUUCCUUUGGAGAACGAAAUGAAAACUCCUCGGGACUUUGGAGGCGUAAGUGGUGUGCUGAACACUGGCAUGGUCAUGGUAGUUUGCUUGUACACAGCUAUUGGCUUCUUUGGGUACCUGAAGUACGGUGAUCAAGUCGCAGGGAGCAUCACCCUCAACUUCCCACCUACACCGUUGAACGAAGUGAUCCGGCUCAUAUUUGCGGUCUCCAUCUUUCUAUCGUAUGCUUUGCAAUUGUACGUGCCCGUUCAGAUCAUCUGGCCCUGUGUAGUGAGGCAAUUUUCUCUCGACGAUGGCAAGUAUUCACCACGGGUCGUGAUAAUCUUCGAAUUGCUGCUGCGCACUGCACUGGUUACUAUGACAUUUGUGCUGGCCGUUGCGGUGCCCAGGCUGGAUCUCUUCAUUCCGUUGGUUGGUGCACUGGCAAGCAGCAGCCUGGCACUCAUCUUGCCGCCAUUGCUGGAGCUGUUCACACUGUGGGAUAGCGACCACAGCAAACUCAUGUGGAGCUGGCUGUGGGCCAAGAACAUCUUCAUCUCUGUACUCGGUGUGCUGGGAUUUGUAACCGGAACAUUUGUUACAAUCACAGAAAUCAUUAACACCUUUUCAAAUCCAAGUGGUGACAGCCCAAAGUGAUUACUUCGCACUCUGUCAUCAGACGUGCUUGUUUCCCGUGCAUGGCAUGGGGCCGUAGGUGGACUUGUCACAUGGUUACCUGUGUAGGCCACGGUAGGAGUUUUCAGCUGCUUAGAAGUAUAGAAACAGGGUACUGUGGUUAUCUCUUCUUUUAUGUAAACCUGAAGGAAGCAUUUUUAUGCCCUAUCAGACACAAGAAAACUGUUCCAGUUCACGCUGUUUAAAUUACGCAUGCAUUCAUAACUAGGUGCAACUGUGCCUUAUUGAUCUGUUUAGGUAUUUUUCAAGGGCUAAUUAUAGCAGAGGUAAUCAAUUGAAGACAUGGGGUAGGCAAACAUGCAGAAGCAUAUGAGUAAUGCUUCAAUGAAAGGAAGUUUGCUAUAAAAUGCUUUUUGAGUUUGAUAAGUUCUGAUAUUUUGGGGCUAAUGAAUGUGUUUCUAAGCAGUUGCAAGAAAUGCUAACAUAUGUGAAAGACGUGAAAUUCUCUAGUCUAGAGGAGCUUGCGCUUGGUGUCGUGCUCUGGUUGAACUUGGUUUUCCGUAAACAAUGUUGAUGAAUGGUAAUGCUGGCAAUUCGGUUCUGCGUUGACACAACUGCUAAUUACGAUUUGAACCUUGCUACUGCUUGAACUAAGUGCAUAAUGAAAUGUGUGUUGAUCUUUUUAUGCGCUGAAAUUACUUUUAAGCCUUUUGCGCACAAAACUUAACUCUGCGUAGCUUUGCCAGCAUUACAGUUGUAGAUUAAGUUUUUGAAAAGCUGUCUUACUCGUACCACCCUGUGAACUACGUAGUGACUUCUAGCAGGAAGAGUGUCCUUAUGAGUGUGCUCACAAUGAACUGACAUUAGUUCUUGGCGUGGUCAUUGCUACCUGCAGACGGUGGCAAAGUGUAUUUAUUGAGCUUUGGGAGGAGCUUGCUCAUUUGUGAUGUGUUCUCACUUUUUAAAAUCUCGUGAUAUGUUAGGCCAGGGGCACUAUACGUUAGGCCAGGGGCACUGUGCUGAUUCGUGGGCAUUAGGUUCCUUAUCGAAAAUGGAGGCCACCUUUUCGAUAGCUGUGGGAUGUGCGGAGGAUUAGCAAUGUAAUUGCACAAAUCGCGCUGUGUUGUCUAUGUUACGUAAAGCGGUUAUCGUCGUAACCAAGUGGCUUCGGUUCAUGGCUACAGUGCCCACGUCUGGGAGCUCACCGUCUGGGAGCAGCGGUCUUUCGUGUCAAGGUUCUCCUCCCGCAUAGCCAGAGUCCUCCGCCAAGGGCUUUAACUAGUGUGCUUGGGGCUUCCAGUCACAUUCCAUUAAUAUGCUCACUUUUCCAUUUCACUCGUUCCUUCAGCCAAGCGUCUGGUGACGUCCACUGGAUCUUGCAGUGUGGUGAUUUGGUUGCUUGGCAACCAUUUGUGACCACGCAGGCCUUUCUAAACGAUGUAGAGAUUGCUUAUGUACAUGCAUUUCACCUCAAUGUUUUUAAUUGUGUGCGCUGGUCACACUCUCUGCCUGUGCCGCACCACAGAGGCCACUGAACAAUGCACCUUUGUUUGAGGUGCUCAACUUCUUCAUCUGAGUGUGUGCUUUGUGAUUAUUCAAGAGAUUCUCAUGCAUCUGUUAGCAUGGUACAGCAGAAAAUAGUGUAAGCAUUUUUUACUUGUGUCCAGUAGCGCAUAUUGUUUCACAUCUUGUGUGUGUUGGUUGGUUGUUUGGCAGUUCUUUCUCGUACAGCUCCAUCUAUGUCUAUCCACUCUAGCUGCCACCUGUGAUGCAGUGGCAGACUGCCACCGCCAUAAGGUACAUAUACGCUGCUGCCCAUUAGACGUGUGAUGUUGAGCAUCCUUUCUUCCUCCAGGCCCUUUGCUUCUUUCUAGUCUGGUUAUUUCAGCUGCUUCUCGAAGACAAUGUUUUGAUGACCGUUAUUGUCUUACAGUGUAUGUAUAUAAUAAGGGUUUGCUUCCGGCACAACUUCCAAGUGCCUUCAAUGUGCGAACCUGUGUGUACAUUUUCAGUGCGUUGUUGCACUCUGCGAAUGUGUCAAUCUGUGAUAAUUUGUAAACACCUUCUUAUGAGAACUGAAAUCCCGUGCCUUAUAUUCAUGACCACACUCAUGGGAAGAAGCAGUAGCUAACAGGGGCAUCAGCAACUUCAAUCACUGUCUUCCAUUUCAUGUGCACAAACAUGUUCUAAUAGCUGGUUUCCUAAUGCACCUGUGGUGCAAGUGCCUGCACAGAAAUGGUAACUGCUAUUUAUUGUUUGAAUGUUUAACUCGACGCCUUAAUACGUUUCUCUUGAUGGAUUGAAAAAAAACUAAGAAAAUUGCUGGCACCUUUUAAAUAAGAUAUUUCUUUGAGCAUAAAUAAUCACUGUCGUUAACUGGUGUCUUGACAGAGAGUGGUGUUGCUUGAUUUGUAGCUGCAUCAUUUGUUGGUGCGUUUGCUAGCGUUUCUCAGAUGCUGGUAUGACAAGCAGCAUUAUAUGGAGGCCUUUCGCUGUUCUUUCAGCGGUUGUUGCUCUUUUGUGCUCUGGGGCCACUUUUCUUCCCAUUUUAUGAUAAAUAUUGUAUACACAUGUUUAAAUUUAUAUGUAUAAUACAUUGUUAUGUACCCUUGUAUUUAUGUGAAUGCAUGUAUUAUAUACUGAUGCAUCAUUUAGAAGUAGCAAGACGUAAAUAAAUGCAAAGUAUAUCUAAUUAAUUUUUCCAUUUCUUUAGAAAGAAAAUAGAUUGCCCUAUGAAGGGCACAUCACCUUUUGAUCAUGGUAUAAAUAAUUAUUUUUUCUAUAAUAAGCAUUUGUCUCGCUUAUGUAUAGACAAGUGUAUUAAAGCUGUUUUUAAGCCCAUUGUUGCUAGAGAAGCUUACAAAAUAGAAAUUCACAUGAAGCAGUUGAAGUUUGUAUACCUUAUUGUUCUUAUCCCUUCUUUGUUGCUUUCUGAAUCACUGUUUAAUGAAAUAAAAUUUGUUAGCAUUACAAUUGAUCAAAACAUGAAAA